AAUGUUUGGGUGGAAAAUACGCAAGUGGAAUGGAAAUGGGAAGAUUGAAACUUAUUCCGAGAAAAUGCCCCAGUCACAUGGCAGACAACCUAAAUAAUAAAAUUGAUUUUGAUAAGUUAAGUUAGUAGAUGACGAUACGUAUUCCUAAGGUUCACCCAAAUACCCACUGGGGCAACGAGUGCUAGAGUUUUGAUGGCACUUUAAAUUCCACUCCACUGAGCGGCGCCUGCUUGACAUACGCACUUUGAUGGCUUUCAAAUCGCGGCGCUCUGCUUAAAAUGCACGGCGUUGUCGGGCGGGCUAGAAUAGGUGACCACUGAGUGCCGAUCAGCAGGGCCACCGCCGUUGUAUUGUGGGUAUAAAAGUUGAAGCUCCAUAUACGACCGACAGCACAGCACCACUGCAAGUCCCACAAUCAUGGCACGUUAUCAGCUUUUCAGUUCGCUUCUCCUUCUGGCCAUCUGGGCCGCAUCUUGCUCGGCACAGGCUCCACUCCGGAGGAGUUUGCGCCUGCGUCCGGUGGCAUUUGCCAGGCAGGAGGUGGCUCCACCUUCCCCCACACCCUAUCCUUUGGCUGCGGAACUGAAACCUGCCGCCGAACAGCCUGCCCUGACCUACGGACCCCCUCAGGACGUCGAUACAGACGCCUUGCCAUCGGAGCAGGAGCCACCGUUGGACAGCUUUGAGCCCAGUCCGGAAACCGAGGAGGUGGACACCGAGGAGAGCUCCCUGGAGGCAACCACACCCUCCCCCGCUCCCGCCCGCCUGCGCAGCCGCCAGCGACUGGCCAAAUUGCAGCUGGCCAAGCCCAAGCGCCUGCGUCAGCGCAUAGCUCGCCUUGAGGAGCUGCCCGUGGAUGAGGCAGUGGCUCCGGUGGUCCCAGCCCCUCAGGCUCCAGUGCUGACCACACCCCAGUUUUACUAUGUGGGGGCGGGCCAGCAGCCCUACUACCUAGCGUACAACGCUGCUCCCCAGCAAUUGGGCUGGUAAGCAAAAGCUGCACUGUUUUAAUGUACCAUCGUCUGAAAUUGUUUAUUUCGUUGAAAUAUAUUUUUGUAAUAGAAAAGUA